AAUAAAUCAAAGUAUUUAUGUUUGCCCAAAAUGUAGUGUAAAUUACUGUUCAAUGGAAUGUUAUAAAUCUACAGCUCAUUUAGACUGCUCAGAAAUGUUCUAUAAACAAUGCAUAGAAGAAGAAUUAAGAGCACAACAGUCUGAUCCUAAAAUAAGACUAAAGACAUUAAAUAUACUUCAAAAGAUGUAUGAUGAAGAAGUAGAAGAUGAUGUGUUAACAGAUAUUUUACAAGAUGAAAAUAACGAUGUGAUGGAACUUGAUUCUGAUGAUGACAAUAUUCAAUGUUUAGAGAAACGCUUAGAAAAUAUAAAUUUGGAUAAUGCUAAUGAAUUAUGGUCUGCUUUAACUGCAUAUGAAAAACAAGAAUUUGAAACAUUGAUUGCAAGUGGAGAAGCUUCAAAAUUAUUACCUUUGUGGAACCCAUGGUGGACUUUUUCUGUUUCAAAAAAACUUAUAGAAGAAAUAGAUAAUACCAAUAAUGAUCAAGAUUACAAAAAUAAUUGUCCACAAAUUUUAAAUUGUUCAGCGUUAAAAUCAAUAUCCAAGGUAUCUCCAUUAAUCAGAUUUAAUAUCAUUAAUACUAUAUAUGCUUAUGCAUUCAGUGUUUUGUACUUUAAUGGUGAACAUCAUUCUAGUUCUUUUGAUGCUGUUUAUAUUUUUUUGCAAAUUUGUGAUACUUUGCGCGUAAAUAGAAUAUUUAAAGAUUGCUCUAGUGCCAUUGAACAUGUUCUACUUGAAAUUGCAAAUAAUAAAAUCCUAUCUGGAGAUCAAGAAACUAUUUUAGAAACUAAAAAGGCAGGUGAUUUAAUUUUGAAUGGACCAGAAGAAAAAAAUAAAUCUUUUUAUGUAAUUACUGCACUAUCAGAUCUUCAUCAGCUAUUAUAUAAAGUCAAAACAAAAAUUUCUAAAAAACAACCAGAACCAAUUGAUCAUGAAUUUAAUAGUAAAUUUCAGUCAUCUACUGAUAUGAAAUCAAUAAAAAUAUCAAAAACAAAUAUUUCAUUAUUUAUGAAAAAAAUUGAAUUUUACAUAACUUGGUUGAAAUCACAAAGUGAAACAUAUGAUAUAACUGAAGGAGAUAAAAUAUAAUCAAAGUGAUAUGAACUUCGAACUAUUCACUCAUCACUACU